AUGGCUGGAAAAGAUGCUUCCAGCGACUUGCGGGCUCUGCAAAACUCUUUCCAGAACAUGAAAGUGGAAGGCAAGGGCGAUGAUGCCUCCAAAAAGGCCUCGUUUACAUACAACGCAGAGCGCGUGCUUGGCAGCGGUUCUUUCGGAGUCGUGUACCAAGCCCAGGUGGUGGAAACAGGUGAGUCUGUCGCCAUCAAGAAGGUUUUCCAGGACAAGCGAUACAAGAACCGAGAGCUACAAAUCAUGAAGGAGUUGAAGCACCCGAAUGUAGUAGAGCUGAAGCAUGCCUUCUACACUUCUGGCGAAAAGCCUGGCGAGACAUACCUUAAUGUUGUGAUGGAGUACUGCUCUGACACGGUCUACCGUGUCAUGAAGCAUUACAGCAAGAUGAAGCAGCCGGUUCCGCACAUCUUCGUCCAGCUGUACAGCUACCAGAUGGGCCGGGCCUGCGCCUACAUCCACGCUGUUGGGAUUUGCCACCGAGACAUCAAGCCCCAGAACUUGCUGGUCGAUGGGCAUACGCAUGCCCUAAAGUUGUGCGAUUUCGGAUCUGCGAAGCCGCUGGUCAGAGGGGAGCCGAAUGUGGCUUACAUCUGCUCCAGAUACUACCGGGCUCCAGAGCUCAUUUUCGGGGCCACUGACUACGGCUUUGUGAUCGACAUUUGGUCAGCCGCGUGUGUUUCGGCGGAGCUCAUCCUCGGGCAUCCCAUGUUUCCUGGCGAGAGCGGUGUUGAUCAGCUGGUGGAGAUCAUCAAAGUUCUGGGCACUCCAACUAGGGAGGAACUCAUGGCUAUGAACCCGAACUACACAGAGUUUAAGUUCCCACAGAUCAAGCCACAUCCUUGGCACAAAGUUUUCAGAUCACGCACCUCUCAGGAGGCUGUGGACUACAUUUCGAAAUUGCUUGUGUACGAUCCAAAGCUGCGACCUACUGGACUGCAGUGUUGCAUGCACGCUCUAUUCGAUGACCUGAGAGACCCCAACACGCGCAUCAGCAGCUCAAAGCCCCUUCCGGAGCACUUAUUCGUUUUCUCCAAGGAGGAAUUGGCUGCGAUGGAUGCUGACAUGCAAAGAAAGCUUAUUCCUGCUUGGGUCGCCCAGAAGGCCGACAAGGGGAAGACACCGUGA